ACGGAUUAGUUGAGUACGCUAACUGGGCCAGUUCACCUGGCUCCUCUCAGCACUGUGGAGCCAUGAGGGCUGAUGGGAAAUGGCUCAGUGCAUCCUGUGGAACACAAUAUCCCUUUGUCUGCCAGGAAGAUGAGGGGUCCAGUGGGAUGUAUGUUGUUCUUGAAAAGAAGUCUUGGAUCGAAGCCCAAACAUACUGUCGACUGAAAAAUGGAGAAUUGGCCAGCGUGAUGAACCAGACUGAAAAUGAGGCCUUGCAGCAAGUGCUUGAUGAAAAUGGGCCAUUGUCGUCCUCCGUGUGGAUCGGUUUAUUCAGAGAUGCGUGGGAGUGGUCGGACCACAGUGACAAUUCCUUCAGAUACUGGCACAGCUCUCAGCCAAAUAAUGACGGAAUCUGUACAGUGUAUCACAUUUCCUAUGAUAGCUGGUUUGACAGAGAUUGUGCUUCCUCACGUCCCUUCUACUGCUAUAACGUGAAGGUCACGAGGCUGAUUGUAAGGAUGGAAAUGAAGUCAAGUGCAUUCUUUAAAUUCAGUGAGUCUGCUCUGAGCCAAGCCAUUUUCAACCAAAUCCAGAAAAAGUAUGACGGGGUCACGCUUCAGUGGAGAGUCCAGCCAGACGGGACGAUUUUCCAUAAAAAAGAAGAAAGUCAAUGAGGCCUGUGAGACCUAAAGUGAAGCUGCCACUAUGGAAUCUGAAAUCUGCAGUGCUGAUCACAACUACUCCUGAACAUCUGUAUGGGCACCUUAAAUGUGUUCAGAUAACAGAGCCCCCCCCCCCCCCGAUAAAUCGAAGCCUGUAUCUAACCAAAGAGGGUUCUCUGGUUCUGCUGCAUUAAACCUUUUUUAAGUGUCCAUCAUGAGUCCGACAGUAGUGCAAUGCUGAUUGUGGAGCACUCUUUUAAAGCAACAAAAACAAACAUGCUCGAGGCCUUUUUUCUUUAAGAAUGACUUUAUGUUCCCUCGUAAUAUUGCAAUAAAAAAGGCUGACAAUAGCAAUAAAAUGAGACAAGCUCAACU